AUGACCUCAUAUAAAGAUAUUACCGACAAAGAACGCUCGGUAAACGCAUUCGCUGGAAUGGUACCGGGACAGACGAUAGUCGAGAUCCCCUCGCUCAAACUCGAAUGCGGAGAAAUACUUGAAAAGUUCCCCGUGGCCUACAAAACCUGGGGUCGGCUAAAUGCUGAUCGAGACAACGUCAUUCUUAUCUGUCAUGCUCUUACUGGGUCACUGGAUGUUCAGGACUGGUGGGGUCCUUUGCUCGGUACCAAUAAGACCUUCGACCCCCUGCGUUUUUUCAUUAUUUGCAUUAACUUCUUGGGUCUGCCUUAUGGGCUGGCCUCUCCCGUGUCGAUUGACCCUUCUACAAAUCAACCCUAUGGUCCUGCUUUCCCCUUGGUCACCGUGAAGGACGAUAUCAAAAUUCAUCGUCUCAUCCUUGACUCCUUAGGGGUUAAGAAGAUUGCCGCAGUCAUCGGUGGGUCCAUGGGGGGCAUGUUAGCUUUGGAAUACCUGGCUACUUAUCGCAAUGACGAUUACGUUCGUCUGGUAAUUGCUCUUGCCACUCUGGCCAGAGCUCUGGCGUGGUGUAUUUCGUGGAACGAAACGCAAAGACAGUGUAUUUUCUCAGACCCUAACUAUGAUGACGGCUACUAUUUUGAAAACGAAGGGGCGAAACCCGAUCUGGGUCUUUCAGCUGCGAGAAUGGCGGCACUCUUGACUUACCGUUCUCGUAAUUCGUUCGAAACGAGAUUUGGCCGUAAAUUGCCUAACCAGCAACCUGCAGGCGCUCUGACAGCUGUGACUGCUGCUGAACGGAAACGUCAAGAAGAGGAGACUGGGAUUCGUUACCCGCGAACUAAAGAUGAGGAAAACUGGUUGAUUCACAACGAAGGUUCGCGAUCGCAUAAACCGAAGCUGCCCACCACUAACGGUGACAGUGUCCCCAAACCUCAAACAUAUUUCACUGCUCAGCUGUAUUUGCGUUAUCAAGGUAACAAAUUUAUCUCCCGUUUCGACGCGAAUUGCUACAUCCUGAUAACAAGAAAGUUGGACACGCACGAUAUCACACGUGGUCAAAUCGAAGUCAACUCUGACGCCGAUGCUGAAGACCCGUUACCCAAGUUCCUUGGCACCCUUACCCAACCCCACUUGAUCAUUGGUAUCUCUUCCGAUGGUCUCUUCACCUUCAGUGAGCAAGAGUUGUUGGGUGAAAGUAUUCCCAAUGCCGUGCUCAAGCGUUUGGACUCUCCUGAAGGCCACGAUGCGUUCUUGUUGGAAUUUGAACAAAUUGACAAAUGGUGUACCGAUUUUUUGAAGGAAAAGUUGCCGGAAUACUAUGAUGAUAACCUGGGUAAGGUGGAGUUAUUCCCCCAAUGGGAGACUCAAGUCAAGAACGUUGAUAAUGGAGGUAAUUCAGUGUUCGGUGAAGUGGAAAACAUCACAAACUGGUAG